UCUUACCCCCCUCUCAGUGUGAGUGUGAACUUCAGGAACGGGAGUGGCAAAGCUCUUCCUCUCUUUGUCUCCCUCCGGCAACGGUUUAUUGGGUUCUUCUUUAGGGCGUUGUACUGACCAGAGAUUUCUUUGUACAAAGGAAUUGGACGUCUAAAACUGAAAUCAAGCCAGAUUUUGCUGGUAUAUGAAACCCUUGGAAGCAUGAAAGUUCUCGGUUAUACAAGCAUGGCAAAACCAAGUUUGUUACUGGCACAACCAGAGUUAUCGACUCUGCCCUUCCAAUUUCCCAGGUUGAGUCCUCCUUCGACUCGUCGAGUCCCAAGUUUAAUUGAGAGAAAACAUGGGGCAGUAACCAAAGUACAGUAUUCCAUUGCUCAAAGAACAUUUGCUUCUAGUUCAAUUGAUUCAUCUCUGACAAAACCAUCAACCACUCGUUUGCGUAGGAGAGAAGGAGGCUCCUCCUCUCUGUACAGUAGGCCUAGUUUACUAGAAAUGAAGAACGAGAGGAUUGCUCAUCGAGAGCGGGUUUAUGAAUUCUUGAGGGGACUUAGAAUUGUUCCGGAUGAGCUUGACGGGCUGGAGCUCCCUGUCACAGUUGAGGUCAUGAGGGAGCGUAUUGACUUCCUUCACAAUUUGGGGCUGACAAUCGAAGACAUAAACAAUUACCCUCUUGUUCUUGGUUGCAGUGUGAAGAAGAAUAUGAUUCCUGUGCUUGAUUAUCUUGGGAAGUUAGGUGUAAGAAAAUCCACCUUCACCGACUUCUUACAGAGAUACCCCCAAGUCCUCCAUUCUAGUGUUGUGGUUGACCUUGCACCUGUUGUUAAGUAUCUUCAAGGAAUGGAUAUUAAGCCAAAUGAUAUACCUCGGGUUCUCGAGAGGUAUCCAGAAGUACUAGGUUUCAAGAUCGAUGGUACCAUGAGCACAUCUGUGGCAUAUUUGGUAGGAAUUGGGGUGGCAAGAAGAGAGAUUGGUGGGGUUCUAACAAGAUACCCAGAGAUAUUGGGAAUGAGAGUUGGCAGAGUGAUCAAACCUUUUGUGGAUUACCUUGAAAGCCUAGGAAUUCCAAGACUAGCUUUGGCAAGGCUUAUUGAGAAGAGACCUCACAUUCUUGGAUUUGCAUUAGAAGAUCAAGUGAAACCAAAUGUGGGUGCACUUCUAGAAUUUGGUGUGAGAAAAGCAUCACUUCCUUCCAUGAUAGCACAGUAUCCUGAGCUCAUAGGAAUUGACCUGAAAACGAAGUUUCUCUCUCAGCAGAGUUUGCUCAACUCUAGUAUUGGUGUUGAUCCUGAUGAUUUCUGCAGAAUUAUUGAAAAAAUGCCUCAAGUUGUGAGCCUUAUCCAGUCUUCCAUAGUGAGCCAUGGGGAUUUCUUAAAGAAUUGUGGUUUCUCCUUGCUGCAAAUGAGAAACAUGGUUGUGAGGUGUCCCCAAUUGCUUGCCUUGAAUAUUGAUAUUAUGAAGCUUAGCUUUGAUUACUUCCAGACAGAGAUGUGUAGAAAUUUGGAUGAUCUGGUAGACUUCCCAGCUUUCUUUACAUACGGUCUGGAGUCAACAAUAAAGCCUAGACAUCAGAUGGUUGCCAAGAAGGGCUUGAAGUGUUCACUUGGAUGGCUUCUUAACUGCUCAGAUCAGAAGUUUGAGGAACGGAUGAACUAUGACUCUUUCGACAUAGAGGAGAUGGAAAUGGAGAGGCAGUUCGAUAUGAAUACGCUUUUGGAGCCGAGGGAAGAUGAGUCAUUCUCUGAAUAUGAAGAUGACAGUGAUGAUGAGUAGAUAUAAGCUGCUGUGGAUAUGAGGCUUGAGGCAAAUGCUUGUUGUGGAGAAUCUCAUAUAAGCUUCUAUGGUUGUUGCAAAAGAUGUGCUGAUAGGAAAGAAUUGAAAUCUAAUAGUGGAUAUUAGAGGUGAUGCACCAGUACAGAAUUGGGGGGGGGGGGGGUUAAGAAUCUGCAUUCAUUGGGUCCACUUGCCAGGCUAUCUAUAAGAUUCCAUCACACAAAAUCUUUGAUCCUGUCAAUUAACAUCAUCAGCUGGAUUCAGUCUUGAAUCAUCCCUUUGAACCAAUCUUGUGCCUGGGAGAAAUAUGUGGGGUGCGUUGAAUGGUUGGUCAGAAACACAUUACAGAUGCGCCUCAUUCCGAUACAAGCUACUAAGUACCAUCCAGCGAAUUAAAAGGCAUAUAAAUGGUAUGUGUUACCUUGCCAAA